UUGGUGUAUCCACUGUGGUUUCCAUUGCAUACCCUGUUUAUCGCCAUGGCAAAGCACUGCUCUCUUAGAGCAGAAUGGGACUGGAGAGUCAUCAUUUGUUUUGUCCACAUCUCUUGAGAACUUGCCUCCGGCUUCAACACUCUUGUUGUCGUCUCUUAUUUGGUGCUUGUCUACAUGAUCGAUCGUCCGUUGUGGCAAGACUCUAAGUGUUAGAACAGUGUCUUCAUCCUCCUGAACUGCAGGAUGUUUUCUUCUAGUGUUGCCCACGAGCACAGUUUUCAACCCAGCGUCUGGAGCAUCUUCUUCAGAUUUGCCAUCUAGAAACUCUUCUAGCAACAUAUGCAUCCGCCUGUAUUCUGCUACCAUAGUCUCCCACAUCUCAUUUACGUCGUCCCGUUUUGGGUCACUCAUUGCUCCGAUCGACAGUCUCCAGUACUUGAGGUUUGAAGGUUACCUUGAUGAAGAGCUUCUCGCAGCAGCAUCACCAGAGGUUGUUGCUCUGUGAAGAUUGUGUUGUGUCUAGCGUCAACGCCCUCCAUCUGCUGCUCAAGUCUCUGAAUUCUUCCAUCCGCUGCUUCUAACUCCUCUUCCAUGCACACGUGAUAGGCAUCUGCAGCCGCCAUGGCCUCUCGAGCCGUGACUCUAUCUCUCAUGGCUGCCGUCAUCUUCCGAGCGCUCUGAUACCUUGUUAGCUCCUGUUAACUCAUGAGCCCCUUUACAAGAAAACCCACAAUCACACACACACACACGCCCUAAUCCCAUAUUAGGGCUUCUUCCUCCCAGAGGUAGAACUCUCUUACACCUGCGAUGUUCCACUGAUCUGCCCUACCGACCCUAUUUAUGGAAGUUAUCAGGUACGUUAGUUGCGUAUGUCAUGGUUAUACCCAGGGUGAGAGAUACGUGUCCCAUCGUUUGUUGUGGUCUGUAAAGAAUCGUUUUGGAUCCACCGAUGAGCUUGGGGUAUUUGAAAUGUCCCAGUCUGGUCUUCAAGCUGCUUCAAAUCCAAGUGAGAAUAAUUGUAAUGCAGAAGUUUUAGCAGGCUUAGCCAUCUCUGUUAUUAUUGAUGGAUCUCGGAUCUUUCUCCUGGAGGUGCAGUUCUUUUCUGUGAUUGAACAUCAUGAUGUCCGGAUGGUUCUGCUCUUUGGGCCAUUUUUUUGAAUGUUGUUAGCGGUAUGAAGUUGACAGAGACAGCUGGGGAUCUUGCAAUUGCAGCUGCUAUUUGCAGUAGGAAUGUAUUUCUUGAUCAUCUUGUUACGAGCAAAACUCUUGUUACUCUUUCCAUGGAUGGCACU